AUGGAAAGUACUCAUCAAACAAAACAUCCACAUCGAAUUUCUCGAUCACGUACUGUUGUUCAACCUUUGCCUAAACAAGAAGCACGACGUUUAGAAUCUUUAUAUGAGUAUGAUAAUAAAAUAUAAGUUUAUUUAUAAAUAAUUUGUUUAUUUAAAGAGACUCGCCGGCAGUCAAUACUAUAGAUUGGAAUUCAAUUCAUAAUGAUGCGUAUGUUUCAUAAUUCUCUGCUCAUGCUUUUAAGCUCUUCAAUAAUUAUCCUAAAACAACAAAAAUGUAUUUAAUAGUAUAUUAAUCUAAUCAAUACAUAUAUAUGGGUGAAUUGCCCCGGUACUGUACGGUUGCACUCCGAAUACGAAAACACUCAUAUCUCAACUUCUACUUAACGGAUUUGGAUAAAGGACAAGUGGCGGUAAGGCCAUUUUUCAUUCCCUAAUAUUUUUGAAAAAAAAAUGUAUGGUUAGAAUCAGCAUUCAAUUCUG